GGAGGCGGAGCAGGCAGCUGACAUCAUCCGCCUGCGCCGCCAGGAAGCCAACCAAUAAGCUUCGGGCGGGACAGUUGAUGGACAGGCGGACUGUCCAGUGGAAGCGUCCCUUGUGUUACAACGCACGCGCCUGGGUGGGUGCGGGAAGCGGGCCAAUCGGGUGGGGGUAAAGAGGCGGGCUCUGGGUGACGGUUGGCAGAUGUUGGAGAGAGCGAGGCCGCCGUCGGCAACGGCCGGGAGGGGGAGGCGAGGUAAGGUACCAUGUCGGUGUCGGUUCAAAUCGGGAGGCGGAGAGGAGAGCGGGGGCCGAGCACCAUCGGAUGACAGAGAAGGACGGCCUGCCACCUCAUGCCCACACCCUUCCCUCCAGGAAACGGAUAUCCUCCCCUUGGCCUGCUGCUCCUCAAUCCGCUUUCUUCCGGGAGUCGUCCUCGCUGCCAGUCCCCGGCCCGGAGUCUUCGACCUCGGUCUAAAUUGUUGCGGCUGUGCCGGCUGGCAAUGUUCCCGUGUAGGAUCGCAGUGUGCCUGAAACUAGGCUGCUGAGAGUGCGGCCGAUUUGUACACAGUAACAGGGAGCUCGUUAGCCUGCACCUUCACGGCCAGCCGGUGUGUAUUGUGUAGUUUGUUAUUGUCAGCAGCAGCUCCGCUGUCGGUCACGAAACGGGCAUUGCCGCUUCCUCGACGGUCAACAUGAGGUUCCGCAUUUACAAGAGGAAAGUGCUGCUGCUGGCCCUCGUCAUGCUGCUCGCCGCCUUCGUCUUGUGGACCGGCGGAAAGCAGAGGAAAAACGAAGCUUUUCCGAGGGACGACCAAACUUCACGGAGCAGCGGGAAAGCGGGCGCCGGGAACCCGACCAGGAAAGUUUCCAACGAGUCGCAGGCGAGCAAGUUCGAAAAGCCUGAGGUCGACAACCUGACUCUGGUGUACCGCGGCAUCGUUUUCCAGCUGAACUUUGACCAGACGAUCAGAAACCAGGAGACCAUUAAGACUCGAUCCCCAAAUGAUUUGGUGGUGGUGGUCCAAGUGCACAACAGACCGGAAUACCUGCAGAGCCUCGUCAAUUCGCUCAGAAAAGCCAAAGGAAUAGGGAACGUACUGCUGAUCUUCAGCCACGACUUCUGGUCCCCGCAGAUCAACCAGAUCGUAGCCAGCGUCGAUUUUUGCCAAGUGUUACAAAUAUUUUUUCCAUUCAGUAUCCAGUUGUAUCCCAACGAAUUCCCUGGACACGAUCCCAGAGAUUGCCCUCGUGACAUAAGCAAAGCGAAUGCUUUCAAGCUGGGCUGUAUCAAUGCUGAGUAUCAAGAUUCAUUUGGCCAUUAUCGAGAAUCCAAAUUUUGUCAGACCAAACAUCACUGGUGGUGGAAGUUACAUUUUGUUUGGGAAAGAGUAAAAGUUUUGGAAGAUCAUAAGGGGUUAGUGCUUUUCAUUGAAGAGGACCAUUAUUUAUCACCUGAUUUCUAUCAUGUCAUGAAAAAUAUGUGGCAUCUGAAGACUGAAAGUUGCCCUGAUUGUGACAUAUUGACCCUUGGUACAUAUACACGUGUCAGUGAUUUCACAGAUAAAACCAGUAAAGUGGAAGUGAAAACCUGGCGAUCAACAGAACACAACAUGGGCAUGGCUAUGACUAGAGAGACAUAUCAAAAACUGAUAGAGUGCACAGAUGCUUUCUGUGAAUAUGAUGACUACAACUGGGACUGGACAUUACAGUAUUUAACUGUAUCCUGUCUGCCUCGGUAUUGGAAAGUUAUGGUCUGUGAGGCUCCUCGUAUUUUCCAUGCUGGUGAUUGUGGCAUGCAUCACAAGAAAGCUUGCAUGCCAUCUGCUGAAGUUGCUAAAAUUGACAAGAUUAUAAGUAGCAACAUACAGCACUUGUUUCCAGAAACAAUGGCAAUAAGUGAAAUAUAUCCUUUGGCUGCAAUCGGCCCACAUGUGAAGAAUGGAGGUUGGGGAGAUAUUAGGGACCAUGAACUUUGUGCAAGUUACCGCCGGCUACAGUAAUUGUGAUAAAUCUCUAUAUAAGAUCAUGUCUUUAAUAGUAUUUAGUUUUCUUCUGUUAUUAAAAAAUACAACAAUGGGAUACAAUCAUUGACUGUCACGAUUAAAAAUAAAUGGCUAACUGAUUGCUCGGUUAAUAACUACACCCAAAGGUGUUAUUAUUGAGCUUCACAGAUUAGAAAGACCCCAGAUGAUAUCUGGUCUGUGAUGAAUUCGCCAAUUUUUAGCUAAGGUUGCCGUAGUGGGGUGCUGCAAUUGGGUUUGGCGUUCUGAGUUAUGUAGAGGAAAGAUCAGCCAUGAUGCUAAUACCUGACUAUCCAGUGACUACACUGAAAAAUUUAUUUUGACAAUGCUGGAUGAGGAUAGAUUAAGCUUCACUGUAUACUGCUCUAAGUUUACUGACUGGGCCCACAUUUGAAGAGUGCUAGAGAACUAUUGGUGCCUGUAGAUCAUAAAUUACUGUCUCUACAAAAAAAGAGCAGCAGAAUUUUGUUUUUGCUUAAAGAAAAAUAUGUCCUUGUAGCAAGAGUUAACAUUUUCUUCAUUAACUUUAUAUAUGUUCUGGGUGACUGAAGAGAAAAUGGUCUAUGCAGCUGUAAGAAGGCAAAGAAGCCAAAGGUGUUCAUUUCAUGUCAUGGGUGUAAUUUUUUAAGAAUUCUGUUUUCAUCAUUCAGUUUAUUUUACAAAUGGGUCUUGUUUAGCUCAAUAUUGUCACUGCACUUAGUGUUUCAGUUAACAAUAAGAAAGUCCCAUAGAAAUAUGCCUUAAUGGGUGAUGUAUGCGUGUCAGCCUGUUUAUCACCUAAACUACUUCUGCCAUCAGUAACAAACCUGCAGCAGGAAAUAUGAAGUUCAAAAUGCUCCUCCAUAUAAUACCCAGAA